AUGGAAAUUGUAUGGGAAAAAGGAGGACCUGGUCUUGUGUGGUAUACCGAUAAAAAUUACUGGGAUGAGCGAGAGAAAGGUUUGAAAUCUUCAAUUAGUUUUGACCAACAUCCCAUUUCUAUAGGGACCGAUUGCGACUGGGCAUGGGCCGACGACUGGGAUGUAGACUACUCGGUGUAUUACGAAGGAAAACAAGCUGGGUCAAAAGAUGCACGUGAUGCCGUUGAGAUGAGAGAGGACGAAGCAAAAAGGUCCGGAAAACUUGUUGACUCUGUUUUCACAAAGAAAAACAAGCAGUCAUGCUCUGAGCGGAAACGGAAACGUCGCAAUAGCGGUUCAGACGUUAUUGAUAUAGAACAAUACACGAAAGGGAUUGGAAGCAAACUUCUUGGAAGGAUGGGAUGGAAACCCGGCGCUGGUUUGGGCCGAACACACCAGGGUAGAGUACAUCCUGUUGCAGUUCAGCUCGAAGAAGAUGGUCAAAUUGGUUCGGAAAAAAAAGGUUUUGGGUAUCAUGGUGAGAAAAUGCAGCGGACUGGAUUCUUGAAAGUACCAAAAGUACACGCCAUUGCAACGAGGUGA